CAUUUUGCAAUACUCAGCUUAAUAAGUCACUUUAAGCUAACUCUAUAAGUUCUAAAUUCAACGUACUGUCCUUCACGUGGUUCCAGCAGAAUUCGUGAUCUUCUGAAUAAAUCAUGAAAUCUGUGUUCGCGUGUGUAUCUUUGAUUCUACUGCUACUUUCUCUAAAGGCUGAGAGUACAACUAUUGGUGGCUUGGACCUUGACACCUUCGUUAGUUCGAUAUCUACAUCUCAAUUAGUACACAGUAUUUCUACUGCGUUAAAUAAUGUAGAAAUUGACGACUUGGCGGAUUCAUUUAACGUGAUGAUAGAAGCAAUUCCUCCGAGUUUUAAUCGUGUAAAGAUAGCUAUAGAAGUAUUAAAUGGUCUAUCUAAGGAACAAGUCGACGUUCUGAUACCUGUUGUCGCUCCACUCCUGAGUCUGUCUGAUAUUCCAGCAUUAUCUCCAUAUGCUAUGCAAGGCGUACUACCGUCUGUGGUCAGCAAAUAUAGUUUACCAGAGUUGAAUCAAAACCUUCCAGACGUAUUUGACGAACUCCCAUCGACGACCGAUGUAGGGAGUGUUGUAGCCCAAAUAUUAAACAGCAUAGAUCCUGUCUUAAUUCCGGAGAUAUUACCGAGUACCAUAGAAAAACUGAGUAUACCGAGCAUUUCGUUGAUAUCACCUGAACUCAUUAAUGAAGUAGUGCCUGCAAUGGUUAAUAACAUGCAACCUGAGUCCAUGGAAUCUAUUAUCCCGGGUUUAUUAGAUAAAGCCUCGGACAACAUAACCAUAUCUGAUGUAGCAACUGUCUUGCUUGAAUCUUUAAAUGAUGUUGAAAAGAAUACUUUAUCACCAUUAUUGGCCCCGUACAUAUCCGUGGACAAGAUUUCAAAUCUGCAAUCUGCCACCAUUAAUUCGAUAGUCCCAAUUCUUGUCGAAGUGAGCCCCCCAAUAUCAUCUAAAACAUACAUUCCAAAUAUAAUAAAGUCACUGCCAGAUGACUUUGAUUCACUUGGCACAUUAUUACAUACGCUCAACGUCGUCGAUAAAAAAUCACCAGCUGUUGGUCCAGCAAUUGUUGAAUCUUCAGUUGAUGCAGCAAGUCCAUCGUUUAGUCCAUCUACUUUUACUGAUCAAAUACCGGCUAGUGUCCCGACCAUGUCACCAAGUCUAAUACAAUCUAUAGUUCCUGAGCUAAUCAAAUCAGCUCCUCCAGAUCAAAACAAGGCGCAUAUAAUAUCAGGAGUCAUUGAUGGAUCGAAUCCCAAUGCAACCCCAGAGAUAGUAUCUUUGCUUUCUCCAAAUUUAGAAAACAAAGAUAUUCCAGAAUUAUCGCCUGAUUCUAUAUUCAACGUAUUGCCAACAUACUUAAACAAUGUUCAGCCUAAUGACCUGGAUUCUACAAUUUCGAAUAUAGUCAAUUCACUGCCAAACUCUGUUGAUGUACAAAAACUGUUAACGAAUCUGCUUAAUACUUUAGACGCAAGUGAUAUUAGCCUUCUAAUGCCAACUUUUGAUAAUAUUCUAAAUACAAACUCUUAUGAAAACUUGACACCAGAAACUAUUACUAAAAUACUAAAUAGCUACGUACCGAAUGCAAAUCCCAAUGAGUUAAAUACUAAAGUUCCAGUGUAUAUAAAUGCUCUCGAUGAUUUAGUAGAUGAGGGUGAAGUCGUAGCUAAUUUACUGAACUCCUUAAACCAUAGUCAAGCCGAAUCUAUAAUAGAUUCUGUUUCACGUAAACUAACGCCCAGCGGGAUUUCUAUGUUAAGUCCCGACAUCAUCCCCUUAGUUAUGGGGUCCCAUAUAAGUGAUGUAACUCCAGAAGAAUUAGAAUCAGAAUCUCCAUUAAUACUUGAUUCUCUCCCCCUUCAAACAGAUAGACGACCCGGUGUUCAGUCGACAAUAUUAAAAAAGUUAUCAAAUACUGAUCAACCUGAAGCAGAAGUUAGCAUUCAAGCACAGAAUACACCAGUGUCAUUUAGUGUCUUUCAGGGAGCAUAUACUUCCAUACCUACAGCAGGAGCAAGUAAUGUUAUAUCUACGUUAGCAUCGCCUGAUACUGUACCUACAGUAGAACAAACUACUUUUCAAACUACAGCAAUACCGACUAAUCUUGUACCUACUCUUCUACCUACAGUAGUACCUACAGUAGCACCAUCUAAUCUUGUACCUACUCUUAUACCUACUGUAGCACCAUCUACUCCUGCACCUACUGUAGCACCAUCUACUCCUGCACCUACUGUAGCACCAUCUACUCCUGCACCUACAGCAGCACCAUCUAAUCUUGUACCCACUCUUAUACCUACAGUAGCACCACCUACUCUUGUACCUACACUAGUACCUACAGUAGCACCACCUACUCUUGUGCCUACACUAGUACCUACAGUAGCACCACCUACUCUUGUGCCUACACUAGUACCUACAGUAGCACCACCUGAUCUCGUACCUACUCUUGUGCCGACAAUAGCACCACCUACUCUUGUGCCUACACUAGUACCUACAGUAGCACCACCUGAUCUCGUACCUACUCUUGUGCCGACAGUAGCACCACCUACUCUUGUGCCUACACUAGUACCUACAGUAGCACCACCUGAUCUCGUACCUACUCUUGUGCCGACAAUAGCACCACCUACUCUUGUGCCUACACUAGUACCUGCAGUAGCACCACCUGAUCUCGUACCUACUCUUGUGCCGACAAUAGCACCACCUACUCUUGUGCCUACACUAGUACCUGCAGUAGCACCACCUGAUCUCGUACCUACUCUUGUGCCGACAGUAGCACCACCUACUCUUGUGCCUACACUAGUACCUACAGUAGCACCACCUGAUCUCGUACCUACACUAGUACCUACAGUAGCACCACCUGAUCUCGUACCUACUCUUGUGCCUACACUAGUACCUACAGUAGCACCACCUGAUCUCGUACCUACUCUUGUACCUACAGUAGCACCACCUACUCUUGUACCUACACUAGUACCUACUGUAGCACCACCUGAUCUCGUACCUACUCUUGUACCAACAAUAGCACCACCUGAUCUCGUACCUACUCUUGUACCUACAGUAGCACCACCUGAUCUCGUACCUACUCUUGUACCUACAGUAGCACCACCUACUCUUGUACCUACACUAGUACCUACUGUAGCACCACCUGAUCUCGUACCUACUCUUGUACCAACAAUAGCACCACCUGAUCUCGUACCUACUCUUGUACCUACAGUAGCACCACCUGAUCUCGUACCUACUCUUGUACCUACAGUAGCACCACCUGAUCUCGUACCUACUCUUGUACCUACAGUAGCACCACCUGAUCUCGUACCUACACUAGUACCUACAGUAGCACCACCUGAUCUUGUACCUACUCUUGUACCUACAGUAGCACCACCUGAUCUCGUACCUACUCUUGUACCUACAGUAGCACCACCUGAUCUCGUACCUACACUAGUACCUACAGUAGCACCACCUGAUCUUGUACCUAGUCUUUUACCUGCAAUAGCACCACCUGAUCUUGUACCUACUCUUGUACCUACAGUAGCACCACCUGAUCUCGUACCUACACUAGUACCUGCAAUAGCACCACCUACUCUUGUGCCUACACUAGUACCUACAGUAGCACCACCUGAUCUUGUACCUAGUCUUUUACCUGCAAUAGCACCACCUGAUCUUGUACCUACUCUUGUACCUACAGUAGCACCACCUGAUCUUGUACCUAGUCUUUUACCUGCAAUAGCACCACCUGAUCUCGUACCUGCUCUUGUACCGACAAUAGCACCACCUACUCUUGUGCCUACACUAGUACCUGCAGUAGCACCACCUGAUCUCGUACCUAGUCUUUUACCUGCAAUAGCACCACCUACUCUUGUGCCUACACUAGUACCUACAGUAGCACCACCUGAUCUUGUACCUAGUCUUUUACCUGCAAUAGCACCACCUGAUCUUGUACCUAUGCUUGUACCUGCAGUAGCACCACCUAUUCAAGUCCCAAUUGACGUCUCUGUGCCGCAAUCACCGAAUUUCCCUCCAAGUCUCCCACCUGUUUGCCAGGUGAUCCCCUCCCCGACUCCGAGCAGUGUUUAUCCCCCCCCACGUGCUCCCGAGCCUCCCAUUCUACCGGAGAACUGCCUUAUAUUACGAGAACCGAAUCUGCCGGAUGGUUGUACGAUAAUUGGACCGGUGUUCUUCCAAAGGACAAAUAAGGAUAGUAAUAUACACCAAUCAAAUUCCUUUUUUAACUUAAAGAAAUAUGGCUCCGGUUGGAAGUCGGUCGAUAAUCAGAGUAGAGUUCGAGAAGGGUAUGAUUUUACUGAGUUUGAAAAAGGUCUUGUUUAUCAGGAUGGUGCAUGGGUAUUCCCAUAUUUGUUAGAUGUUGAGCCAGGAUCUACAAAAAGAAUUGACAAGAAGGUCAGGAUUGAAAGGGGUUUGAUUGUUAGGGAAGGCUCUGAGCUUAUCGUAGCAUCUCACGUUACAGUUAAUAAUAAUAUGAGUUUGCUAGCCAAUUCUAGAUUGAUUUUUGAAUGCGGCGGAUUGAAAGAUCUAGAAAUGCACAUGGAUGAAUGUUACCUAAAAGUGAAUCGUAUGGAACAGUUUGAGGGAGAUGUCUAUUUGGCGUUAGAGGAAAAUCAAAUAAAGCAGAUCUAUGCCAAUGGUGGCAGACUCGACAUUUCACUCAUGCAAUCAGCAGACGAAGCGAACUCAAAAAAUAUUAAAUUGAUGAGGGCAGAAAGCACUGAUUCCUGUUUUAACCCUGUGUUAUACACCAACACGUAUAGGCGUUCGAACGGACAUUACGAGACAACCGUCACCCUUAUAUCUUAUAAAUCAAGUGAUUGUGAAGAGCACUUUGGAAUAGUUUUGAAGGGUAAAACUUGGGCGGGCUUACUGGUAGUGGUAUCCAUCAUAGUAGCUGUAGGGAUUUCGGUGUUGGCUCUGAUAGCCUUGCGUUCAUCUUUGAGGAAACAGGCCGAUCGAUAUGCUGCGAGCAACUAUGAUCACAGUUACAGUAAAUUUCUGUAUCUUUCAGAGCAUCUGAACAAAACAAGGAAAAGAUAAUGAUAUCUCUACUUAGCUUAUUGUAAGGCAUAGAUUCAAGGUGAAAUAGAAGUGUGUGUCAAGCAAUUGGGGGAUGUAUCCGAUGUGUUUUUUAGACUGUGUUGGAAAACGUGCAUGUUGUCAGGAAGAUAGGGGUUACAUAUAAAUAAGGUGGAUAUGAGGCAUUUUGGAGGCCUUCAUGUCACUGUUUGCUCUGACAAUAAACUAUAUAAUCUUAGUCAA